AUGGUGUUAACCGCCGACAUUACUUUGCCUGAAGAGUCUGAAUUGACUGUAGAGGAAGUUGAUUUAUCGACAGCUACUUUGAGAGCUGGUUCUUUUCAUUUGGGAAAAUAUUGCGAACAUGCUAAUAAUGAGUUCAUGCUCUGUCGUGCCGAAGAGAAUGAUCCUCGCAAAUGCCUCAAUGAAGGUAAAGUGGUAACUGCCUGUACUUUGGAUUUCUUCCGGAAAGUAAAGAAGGCUUGCUUGGCUGAAUUUAAUCAAUAUGCUCAUUGCAUUGAUAAGAGUUCUGGUGACUUUGGCUUACAACACUGUCGCAAAACUCAAGGAGUGUUUGACAAGUGUAUGUUAGAGAACUUGAAACUGGAGCGUCCCCCCUUCGGCUACUUCUGCGAGGCGAGAGUGCAUGACACUAAGAGGCCCCGCCCCCCGGUGGAGGAGCCCAUGGUGUUCCCCGACACGACGCCGGCGCUGCCCGACGACGCCGAGCGCAAGCCCGCGCGCUUCUCCUCCAGGCUCUACUGGGUGACCGAG